AGCUGUUUUCCAACAGCCACAAAUAGAUAGAAGAAGCAGCAGCAGCAGGCUGUGGUGGCUGUGUUGUCGAGCACUAACGGAAUUUUCUCCCGGAGGAUGAAGAAGUUGCUGACGUCACUGCUCCUCGUGCUCGUUUCCCAGCAUGCCCUGGCUGCGGUGGUGGAGGUGUAUGAGGGGGUAAAGUCUGUCCUGUUGCCCUGCAAGUACUCAGGUUUUAUCCCUGAGGAUGACCCCACAGUGCUGUGGACUCGUAGUGAUCUCAAUCCUAAAUCUGUCCAUGUGAGACGAGAAGAAGCAGAUGAUCUCAGAGGACAAAACCAGUGUUACAGCGGGCGCACAUCGAUGAGGUCUGAUGCUUUGGACUCUCUAGACUUCAGCCUCACUCUGAGAAACCCAACAAAGACUGACAGCAGCAACUACACCUGCUCCAUCAGUGAUGGGACAGAAGAUCAGAGACUCAGAGACAUCCAGCUGCAGGUCAAGGACCAACAGGUGGAGGUGAAGGUUGUUGCAGGAUCAGAGUCUGUCAUCCUGCCCUGCCAAAUAAAACCUGACCUGCCUGAGGACACCACGGUGGAGUGGACUCGAGCUGACCAAGAACUGGUCCAUGUGUAUUCAAACAGAAGUGACGACCUGACGAAACAGGACAGACUUUACAGAGACCGAACAAAGAUGAAUGAAGACCUGCUGAGAACUGGAGACCUCAGUCUGACCCUGAAAUACCCCACAGAGAGAGACAGUGGAGGAUACAUCUGCACCAUCUACAGGGACAAAGACAUCCUGAGACAGAAAGUAGUGCUGCAGGUCAAAGAACCGUUUCCAUCCUGGGCCACAGCUCUCCUGGUUUUUCUGCUUCUUGUUCUGGUUGUUUCUGCGGUUCUUUUAUUUAAUUUCUGGCAUCAUAUCAUGUCAGUUAUUCCGGUGGAGGUGGAGGUGUUGGAGGGGGCGGAGUCUGUCCAGCUGCCCUUCAAAACCACAAGAAACCUGCUUGAAGAUGUUAAAGUGUUGUGGGAACGUUAUGAUCCCAGAAUGAAGGCCCACGUGUAUCACAACGGCUCCGACCUGCCUGAAGAACAGAGUGAGGUUUACAGAGGCCGGACGAGGAUGAAGGGAGACCCACUGAGAACUGGAGACCUGAGCCUGACUGUGGAACAGCCCACAGAGAGAGACGGUGGGGAGUACAAGUGUUUGGUCUGGAGGAGGGGAGACUUCAUCAGAAAGAAAACCGUGAGGCUCAGAGUCAAAGGAAGAGUUCAGGUCCAGGAUCAAACUGCUGGUGAGCAGCUCUGACAUGAACCAUCACUCCUCCACGUCCAGCACUGUGGUGAAAGCUGUGGAUUGUAAACAGCCUUUCAGUCACGUAUCAGCUUCCUGUCACGCACGAGGACUUCCUGUUAAGGUCAAAAGUUCAUCUAUCAGCAGCUUGUGCAUCGUAAAACUCCACCCGAGUGUUUCAGAGGAUGAUGAUUCUUGAUGGUGGUCUUUUCAGAUCUCGGUGUUCGGGCCUAAAAUCACAGGUAUGACACAUAAUGAUGGACAGCAGCACCACUGCAGUAUCAGCGGUGCUGGUUAUUCAUGUGUGUACUUUAAAGGAAGGAAUGAGCAGCAACAUGAGAAUAAGCUCCAUGUGUGCACUUUCAGAGAGGAUGUGGCUUCAUCAGAUGCACAAAUCAGCAGUUGCAUAUAAGCUUUAUUAGCAGAACCUGUCGCUGGGCUUUCCUCUCUAUUUACACUGCAAUCAGUCUUUUGCAAUAACUUGAACAUGUUGGUGCUCACAGUCAGAGCCCUGCGUAUAUCAGUGAGUUACUACAACCAUAAAGCCUGGCUCUCUGAGGUCAGCUGAUCAGUGCUUGUUGGCUGUCAAAGCUGUGGAUCCAAUGAAGAAUAUACUGAUGAUGGGAUUUCUAUUUAUUAUAAAGUGAUAAAGCUUUAUUACAUUUAAUAAAAGCAUGUGAAGAGUGAAAGGAUGGAGGAACAGAGAGAAGUGUUGCAGUCUGUUUACAUAUUUAGGGAUAACAAUCGUGCCAAUGACAGAAUAUGUUUCUAAUUAUGGAAGAAAUCUCUAUUUAUAAUAGAUGGUGCACGCCUGUUUCACUGACUGUUACAAUCACUGUUUUCAUGUAUCAAUAUGGAUAUAUUAAUAAAGUCAUUUUAUCCUUUUUUUAAAUAUAUGUUGCAAAAACAUGAAAUUAAGUCAACUGACCUUUUUUCUUUACAUCUGUUACACAGUGUGAGUUUUGCCAAUUUAAAGCUUGCAGAAAUCCUCUUGUCUUUGUGUUCUUACAGGACAUAAUGACACAAUAAAUAAUUUCUGUCAUGGUC